UCCGCUUGCUCUAAAAACUUUCCGCCCACUGUAGAAUGCCCUUGUUUGCUUGAAUUCUGGAGAAUGAAGGUUUAGCCAUGGGGAGCGUACGGAGCCAAUUAUCGAACGACUUGUGUACCGGCGCUUGUAGCUCCGUCCAGAAACGCCUCCGGAAUUCGGUUCCUGUACCGUCGCAAACCCCAUUCUAUGCUCUACUAGACUCGCAAAGGUCCAGCCCACUAACGGUUUUCCAUUUAGAGCGCUCUCCUCCGUUAUAUGUCAAUGUCACGGACCAUUUAUCGAACACCGGUACCGACCGCCGAACGUGCGUACAUUUGCGCAUAGCGAAAUAUCGAACGCUGGGGAAAAACCCCACCUACAGCACAGGCAUUGUUCAGUUAUGUGCCGCUACUGCACCUAAACAUGCAUCAUAUAUGCAGCUACACGGGCGCUAUUCAAUCCGGUAGUUGUAAACGCGCAAACUCGGGAAAUAUUCACCAAAUGACUAACUUUCCAAGGAGUGUUUGUGCAAUACAAAAACUGAAACAAAAAAACGUCAGGUAGAAAGGUUAUUGAGGCAAAUAAAGCAGAGAUGCUCAUUCCCAUCACUAUCUGUGACACAGUCAUCUGCGCAGUCCUCAUGCAGCCAUCGUCCACAUGCGCAUCGUUUCCUGAUUGAUCGUCGUCGUAGGAAAUGUAGCACACACAACAUUCACUGUCGUUGAUCUGAGUAGAGGGGUUUGCAGUUUUCCGGGGACAUUUUGCUGGUCUGGUACUACGAGCGUUUUGGCUUCUCUUCGUUCCAACACCUGC